GUUCAGAGUUACACAUGAACCAGCACUUAAAAAUGCAACAGCAUGGUCGUCCUAAGAGAAGGGAUGUGUCCUGGUCUGGAUGAGGGUCUGGUUCGGGACCUGAGAGCUGCUGGUAUUAAAACAGUGGAGGACGUGGUCUCCUCUGACUGUGAGGAGCUGGCUCAGAGAUGCACAGUGUCUUAUAAGGCUCUGUUUGCCAUCCGCCGAGUGCUGCUGGCCCAACACGCGGCGUUCCCCGUGUCAGGCGCCGAUCUGUACGAAGAACUAUUGAGCUCAACAUCCAUCCUCUCCACUGGAAAUCCAAGCUUAGAUAAACUGCUGGAUUCAGGCCUGUAUACUGGAGAGAUAACGGAGCUGUCAGGAGGCCCGGGAAGUGGCAAAUCUCAGGUGUGUUUCGGUGUCGCGGUGCACAUUUCCUACCAACUCAAACAGAGCGUUAUAUUUAUCGAUACGACGGGAGGCCUGACUGCCGGCCGCCUGCUUCAGAUGCUGCAAGCGGAAACGAGCAACACAGAAGAGCAGAUGGAGGCUCUGCAGAGGAUCCACGUCUUCCGUUUGUUCGACGUCUUCUCUCUCCUCGACUGUCUGUACGGCCUUCGCGGUGGCAGGCUUCAGCAGGCGUCUGUCGGCGGCGGCUCCGUCAAGGCGGUGAUCGUGGACUCGGUGUCAGCCGUUAUCUCUCCUCUACUGGGAGGCAAACAGAAUGAAGGCAUGUCCUUGAUGAUACAAGUGGCGGGAGUUCUUAAGACAAUGGCGAAGGACUUCAACGUGGCUGCUUUGGUCACAAACCACGUCACCAGGAGUGGCAGCGGGGAGGUGCAGCCGGGCCUCGGUGCGUCCUGGAGCCACAUCCCCAGAACCAGAAUCCUACUGGAGCGGGUAGAGAGCACCGCGGACAUCAGCCACUCAGGUGUUCGCUCUGCAACGCUCAUCAAGUCCUCCAGACGGCCGUGUCACCUCAAAGAGGAGUUUGACUUGCAGGGGGGGGGUCGCUCUAAAGGAGCGUCAGGGAAGAGAAGACGGGACCAGACCGAUUCCUGAUGAGCGCCGCCGACGGAUCCUAACCGAAGGGAGGCACGACCCGCCUCUUGCGAAUGCAUUCCCAGAUCCAUCCGGCUGAAACUCUCUGGGCCUUGCCGUCUUCGUCAGGGUCAGCCAGC